AUGGCCCAGUACAACUACGAGGGCGGGCUGGCCUCGUACUUUAUACUGACAUUUCUGUCGCUUGUGUUAAUACCAUUGACUCUGUCGUUCAAGUCAUCUGGUCCCACCAAGAAGACUGUUUCUUGUAAAUGUCCAGAAUGCAAAAAGAAAGAAGAGAAGUUAAAGAAGUCCGGAGUGUCCUCUGUAAAGCUUGGUCCCAAGCUACUUGUGACUAUUGCUCUCUGGGCUGUCUUCGGAGCCGUCGCAUACAAUGCCGCCACUACAAAGAGCGAUACAAAAAUUUACAAUCCCUUCGAAAUUCUUGGUAUUAAAGCCGGUACCAGCGAGAAGGAUAUCAAACGCCACUACAAAAAACUCUCCGUUAAAUUCCAUCCUGACAAGGUCAAGCUUGUUGCUAACCAAACCAUGGAGUCUGUCGCGGCGCAUUUCGUCGAGCUUACCAAGGCCUACAAAUCGUUGACCGAUGAGACUGUUCGCCAAAAUUUGGAGCAGUAUGGCCACCCAGAUGGUAAACAGGAAUUCAGCGUCGGGAUUGCGAUCCCCAAAUGGGUCGUUGAAGGCAAAAACUCGAUGUUUGUCCUUGCUUUCUAUGGUGCGAUCUUCAUGGGCAUUCUCCCUCUCGUAGUCGGUCGUUGGUGGUUCGGAUCGCGAGGUCUUACCAAAGAUGGCGUUCACGGAAACACCGCAUCUUUAUUCUUCAAAGGAGUUACAGAAGAUGCCUCUAUCGACUUUUUGGUCAGCUUGUUAAGCCGUGGUUUCUCUGCCGAACAAAAGGCGUUCUCCAGGAAGGUUGCCCAUACUCCGGCGGUUGAGGACGAUUUGAACGGACUCGAAACCGAGAUCAAGGUCCUUUUGGGCCCAAGGUGGAGCACUGUUGCUCAGACUGCCAAAGUUCCAGAGGCACGUCGCGCAUUGGUCCUGUUGUAUGCUCACCUUUUACGCCUCCCGGUCAACAACGAUGUUUUACGCAAAGAACAAGCCACUCUCAUUUUGCGCGCACCCACUCUCCUUACCUCUCUCCUCACCAUGACGCUCUCUCGUAACUGGGCUGCUUCUUCACUUCAGCUCAUGCAUCUUCACGCCUAUCUUGCACAGGCUAUACUUCCUUCACCCUUGAUUGAGUCACCUUCUACAGCGCUUCUCCAGUACCCCAAUGUUAAGAAGGAGGACACUGCCGCCGUUCGUUCGGGCGAGGUCUCUGAGCUGCUCUCGAAUCUCAGUGACAAGGAUGUCGCCUCGGGUGUCCGCGCUGCCGCUGCAAACUCGGGUAAACUCGAUAUUAUUGACGCCAAGUUCAAGGUCAUUGGUGAACGCAUUGUUACCCCGAACGCAAUUGUCAACCUAUUGUUCCGUGCACAAGUUAUACCCCGUAUAAAACCUGAAGGCAAGGAGAAAGAGACCGAGCUGAGCGUUGAGGAGGCAAAGGCGGCAGCCAAGGCCCUUGACGAACGGGAGAACGCUUUCUUGGCUACCAGGCAUGAAACUGAGCCUUUGGACGAUGAAGCAACCGACCUUACUAAAUUUAACCGAAAGCCUUCGUGGUGGGUCAUGAUUUGCAACCAACCCGGUGACAAGAUUAUCUUCGGUCCGCAAAAGUUCAGCGAUGUCCCUGAGGCGUCUGGAUCUACAUCUGGGGUUGAUGCCAAGGGCCGUUUGUACAAAUUGCAGUUCCAGUCCCCACCCCAGGUUGGCACUUAUGCAUUUCGUGCGGUGUUUGUCAGUGAUACGUUUGUUGGCGAUGACUUGGCAAUGGAUCUUAGCCUUACUGUGGAGGACGUCUCCGCCCUUACUAGCGAGGAGGCUGGAGCCGAAGACGAAAUUUCCGACCCUGAUGAGGAUACCCUUGCUGGUCAGAUGGCUGCUAUGCGUGGUGGUGCCGUGAAGCGACGGGCGGAUGAUGAGAGUGAGGAUGAGAGUGAUACUGAUGGGGAUGAAUCGGAUAGCAGCGACGAUAGCAGCGAUGAUGAUUAG